AUGGGAGAGCCUCAUGUCAUAGACGUCGACGCCGUCUUGGGAGAAUUGACUCUCCACGAAAAGAUCAAUCUUCUCUCUGGCACAGAUAACUGGCAUUUAUACGGAGUUGAACGUCUCGGAAUACCUGCCGUGAGGGUAUCCGAUGGACCAAAUGGCGUUCGCGGCACCAAGAUGUUCAACAGCACACCAGCUGCCUGUCUACCAUGCGGAACUGCUCUAGCUGCGACAUGGGACGUUGAUUUGAUCAGACGAUCUGGAGAAUUACAAGCAGAAGAAGCACUCGCAAAAGGUGUCUCAGUCAUUUUAGGUCCCACAACUAACAUGCAACGCUCUCCCCUUGGAGGACGUGGAUUCGAGUCGUUCAGUGAGGAUCCUGUGCUUGCUGGCUGCAUGUCGGCAGCAGUCAUAUCGGGUAUUCAAAGCAAAGGAGUUGCAGCAACCUUGAAACAUUUUGUCUGCAAUGAUCAGGAGCAUGAACGAAUGAGUCAGGAUUCUCGGGUAAGCGAACGAGCACUUAGAGAGAUUUACACUUUGCCGUUUCAAAUUGCCCAAUUGAAAGCUGCGCCGUGGGCCUAUAUGGCGAGCUACAACAGGGUUAAUGGGACGCAUGUGAGUGAAAGCUAUGAUAUGCUCCAAGGCAUUAUUCGGGAUGAGUGGGGAUUUGAUGGCUUGAUCAUGAGUGAUUGGCGAGGAACAUACUCCACAGCAGCAGCUCUGAAAGCAGGAUUAGACCUGGAAAUGCCGGGUCCGACCCUAAUGAGAGGGGCCUUGAUCAAUCAUGCACUUGUGUGCGGAAAACUCACACUUGAUGACAUUGAUAUCAGUGUUCGAAGAAUUCUGGCCUUUAUCAACAAAGUUUUACCUCUUAGAAUACCGUCAAAUGCCCCAGAAAUGACAAUUGAUACUACUGAGACCUCACAACGUCUUCGCGAGAUCGCUGCGGCAUCGGUUGUUCUACUGAAAAAUGACAAAAGUGUUCUUCCAUUCCGAAAAGACAAAUCAAUUGCUAUCAUCGGUCCAAAUGCAAAGAUUGCGGCUUAUUCUGGCGGCGGUAGUGCAAGCUUACAUCCUUAUUACGCUGUUACCCCUUUUGACGGCAUCUCAUCUCAAGCACAGGAAGAAGUACUACAUGCUAUCGGUUGUACAGCCUGCAAAAAGCUUCCUCAGAUUACGGAAAUGAUCAAAGACAUGAAAAUGUUCGUCUAUGCUACCUCUAGUUCCGCCAGUACGUCACGACAAAGCAUAGACGAAAUCUCGAUCACAAGCGCCGACAUGUAUCUUUUUGAUUACGUGCCCAAACUACUUCCCCAUGACCACCGAGGAGCGUGGUAUGCAGCUUUUAUAGGCACAUUGAUACCUGAUGCUGAUGGAGAGUACAUGUUCAGUGUCAGCGUCGCAGGAACAGCAAAGCUUUUUGUGGAUGAUAAGCUUGUUGUGGAUGCCAUGACUGAGCAAACCGCCGGUGGCAGUUUUUUUGGCUAUGGUACGACGGAGAUUUGUGGCAGUAUUAUACUCAACAAAGGAUGUUCCUACAUUGUCAGAGUUGAAUUUGGUUCUAUUGCAACCAGUCUACUUCCCGGUCCAGGAGCAGACUCUGUGGCUGGKGGAGGKAUUCGAAUUGGCUGUCAAUUUCAGAUGAAUGCAGAAGAAGAGUUAGCCAAAGCCGUUGAAAUUGCCAAACAAGUCGACCAGGUCGUUAUCGUUGCAGGUCUAAAUGCUGAUUGGGAGUCAGAAGGCUACGAUAGAGAUACCAUGGAUUUACCAGGCCACACAGACAAGCUUAUCAAAGCAAUACUUUCUGCAAACCACAACACAGCCAUUGUGAUUCAAUCCGGAACACCGGUGAGCAUGCCUUGGGUUAAUUCAGCCCCAGCCAUACUGCAAGCCUGGUAUGGGGGCAACGAAACCGGAAACGCAAUCGCCGAUAUCCUAUACGGAGACGUCAACCCGAGUGGGAAGUUGCCUCUUACUUUUCCCAUCCGGCUUGAGGAUAAUCCCGCGUAUCUGAACUUUGGCUCAGAGAAGGGAAGAACGCUGUAUAGAGAAGAUGUUUACAUUGGAUAUCGAUGGUAUGAAUCUAUCAAACGGAAUGUAUGCUUUCCGUUCGGGCAUGGUCUCUCCUACACCCAUUUUACUUUCGACAACCUGACCGUCAAAGUCUCGGAGGGUGAUGAUAGACUUGCCGUUACAGUCGUGGUAGAGAAUACAGGGAAUCACAGCGGCGCUCAUACAGUUCAGGUUUAUGUCUCGCAGCACAAUCCUUCUAUCAAAAGACCAGUGAAAGAACUCAAGGGCUUCAGCAAGGUGUCUCUAGCUCCUGCCGAGAGGAAGGAGGUCGAAAUCAUUAUGAGUCUGAAGUAUGCGACUAGCUUCUGGGAUGAGCGAAAGCAUGCGUGGACAAUGGAAAAAGAUACCUUCGACAUGUACGUCGGUUCGAGCUCGGCGGAUAAGUCAUUUCUGAAGCGUUCGUUUGAGACCUCAAAGACAGCGUGGUGGAAGGGGUUAUAG